AUGGAUAAGUCCGCGUUUGAGAUUUACAACUACCUAAAGGACGACGAGCUCAAGACAAUGUACUUUGACAAAAGAUACACUGGAACAGAGGACGACUACUUCAAAGAGCUUUUAACCUCUGGAACGAUAUACGUAGGAAACUUGUCUAAAAAAAUCACUGAGGACCAGUUAUACACUCUAUUCUCGCAGUGUGGAAAGAUAAAGAGAGUUAUUAUUGGCUUGGAUGCCAAGAAGUUCACUCCGUGCGGAUUUGCUUUUGUUCAAUUUGAAAACGUAGAGACUCCAUCGAUUGCCAGAAAGUUCUUUGCUAAAUACAUGCUAGGAAACCAUCCCAUAUACAUAGAUAUAGACAGUGGAUUUGCUGAAAACAGACAAUUCGGCCGUGGCAUGCAGGGUGGCCAAGCGAAAGACGACAUUGCUGCCGGGGACAGAAAGAGAAGGUAUGUUUAAUAAAGAA